AUGCCGGAAGUGCAUGCAAAAAAAGACCAUACUCUAGGAGGUAGUCCAGAGAUCCAAGGUGGAGAAUCAUUUAGUUCGGAAUCUCCCACUUCUGAUGAAUCUGAUAAAGAGGAACAACCGCUUGAUUAUGGGGAUCGCAUCCUCAGACAGGGUUCAACAGACAACAGUGUGCUUAAAUCAGGUAGAAGGAUGCCUAGAAGUGAUGCGGAUUCCAUUGUGGGUGGUGAAUCUAUAAAGGAAGUUUAUGAAGGUAAGCAUCCUGUUAGUGAUAAAAAUAAGACAUCUGGAGAUCAAGACUUGCAUACAUCCGGGAAAGUUAAAGACAAUACAUGUCAUCCUGAUUAUAAUGAGUCCCAAAAGGUUUUUUCAUUUUCUUUGCCAUUUGGAGGCUUAACCAACAUCAGAUCAAAUUUAUAUAAGCAAUUCCAAGCAUUCAAACAGGACCCUAUACCCCACGUACACAACCAUGACCCCAUCAGACAUGAAAUCAAAACUAAAUUGCAACGACAACAAUCGGUUAGCACCAUUGAUGAAGCCAAUUAUUUUAAAGAUUUUAAGGGUGUAGACGAUGUUCGCUUUAGAGCAGUGAAGCAUUCUCUUGCGGCAAACCUUAAUGAAAUGUUGCCAGAUUUCAUUCUUUCAAAUAAGAAAGAAAAGGAAUACGAAACUAUUUAUAAUGAAAUCGAUGGGAAUAUUGUAUUGUUGGGGGGAUAUCGUGGGUCUGUCUUGCGUGAAACUAAGACAAAUAAUCGAGUUUGGAUUCCAUUUAAGGCUGGAUUCCAUUUAAGAAAAAUAAACCUUUUGCUAGGACCUACAAAAGAAGAUGAAAUAAAUGCAAGCCGUUAUAUUUACCCUGAUGGUGUUUUAAAAAACAUAGGGCCUGUUGAUAUCUGUAAGAAAUUACUCAAAAAAUUGUCACAUAAUCCCAAAACGAAUGUUAAAGAGUUUGGGUAUGAUUGGAGAUUAAGCGGAAACUUCCUAGCUGAACAGUUCGAAAAGUUUUUAAUGGAAAUUUAUAAACUGACUGGUAAACCAACCUUAGUAAUAGCACAUUCUAUGGGUGGGAUGAUUGCUCAUUAUACAAUGCAGAAAAACCCAAAGCUAUUCAGAUCUAUUAUAUAUGUUGGAGUACCUAGCGAAUGUCUCAAUGUUUUGGGUCCUAUAAGGUUUGGUGACUCUGUUUUGUUUUCAGAUAAGAUAUUAACUCCAGAAACUAAUUUUAUGAUGCGUUCAAGUUUCAAUUUCUUACCACUAAGUGGUAGAGCAUUUGUGAAUAGAGAUACGAACGAAUAUUAUGAUUUGGACUAUUUUGACCCUGAUACAUGGGUUGAAUACAAUUUGAAUCCAUUAGUAUCUAAAUCUAGAAAGCUUCGAGAAAUGUCAAGGUUAUCAAGCCCUGUAUCUGAUGAUGUAGCAAGCUCAAGUACACUUGUGACUUCAGAUUCAAGUUAUUCAUUUACAAGGAUCAAUAGUUUGGGAUCAAAGCUCUUAAACUAUAGUGCCAAAUCUAUUUCUCGCAGAAGCAAGCCAAGUAGUGCUAAUACUGGCAGCGACACUAUUGGUUCAAGUAAUCCAAGUAUAAAUUCACCAAGAUUAUUAUCCCCCUCUCCAGAGCCUAACCCUGCGGAAGAAGAACAUUACUCUAUCCUGUUUAGUCAGGCUUACGAGUACUUAAAAGAAACCUUAAAGAGAACUAAGGAAUUUAUUCUUGGGUUGGACUUCCAGGAAGAGUUAGCAGCUGAGUAUCCUCCAUUAGCUGUUGUUUAUGGUAACCGAGUUCCUUCUGUGAGGGGCUCCACUGUUCGCAGCUUAGAUGAUAUAAAAGAUGGUAAUUAUUAUGAAUUCUUUUAUGGCCAUGGUGACGGUGUUAUACAUCAAAAAUGGUUAUUGCCUGAAAAUAAAGGAUUUAGACUUUAUGACGCCGAAACUGGUGAAGGUGAGAUCGUAGGUAAAUUCUCAUCAAGCUGUGGACAUGUUAAUUUAAUGACCGAUUUCAAAGCCAUGGGUUAUGCCUUAAGUGCGGUUUGGCAAGCCGAACAAAUCUGGGAAGAAAAGAAAGCGAAACAGAGGCAAUCCCGUAGUUUAAAGAAAUUUAGGUUCAACGGCAAAGAUUUGUCUUACAUUAAUGAAUCACGUUAG